AUGGACGACUGGUACGCCAAGCUCGUCCGCAGGAUGACAACUCCGAGGUACGGCUGGCGCUUUCCUUUCUUCUUUCUUCCUCCUGAAUCUCCAGACCUUACCCUUCUAGGGAGUGUUUCUCAGGUUCUGGUUAAUUUCAGCUGGAUUUCUCUCCGUUUUCUUUCUGGGAUUCCCUCCACUAUUCGUGGGCUCUCCGCUUUUGGAGCUUCUCGACGAGCUGCAUCAUCUUAUACUUAUCGUUUGAUCUGAUUCUAAUGGAAUAUCUGCAGCUUCGUGAUCGACAACGAUGCCUGCGCCGACGCCACGAUCAUGAAGCUCCUUCGUGUGAGUAUCAGAACCUAUUCCUUCCGCGAAUUCCUGCUCUAUUUUUUUGGUAUCAGAUUCCUAUUCUCUCUCUCUGUUUCUCUCUCUGCUUGCAGGUGGAGGCUAUGAACAAACAGGGAAUACUCCUCGGGGUUGUGCAGGCCCUGGCCGAUCUCAACCUCGUCAUUGUCAAAGCCAACAUGUCCUUCGAUGGGGAGUGGUUCAUGGACGGUGAGUUCAUCAUACUUUUUUUUUUCUUCUAAUUUAUCAAAAAAAUCUCCCGAGUUCGAGUUUUCCUCGGGGAACCCAGAAAUUGGCACUGGCUUAUGGAUGCUGGGUUCAGUCUAAUUUCCGUAGAUUUUCACUUGAAUUUUUCUACCGAGCCCGGAGAUCUCCUGCGGUUCAUGGAUCAUGGACUCGGUCAUAGUUUCCUGUGCCGUAUUUUCUGAGAAAAAUCUUCCAAAUUUGGAUUUUUCUCACGAGCCCAGAAAGCGGCAGUGGUUGACGGUUGGUGGGUUCGGUCGUAUUUUUUUCUAAUUUCCGAAAACUUUCGCCCAAAUCCGAAUUAUUUUUCUCACCAGCUCUGGAACUCUGCAGUUUUCCACGUGACGGACGGCGAGGGCAACAAGGUCGUCGACAAAGAGAUCAUCCGCAAGAUCGAGGAGGUGACCAUCUCCUCUCAUUUUUCUCCUCUUAUUCUAUUUUAUUUUCUUUUCGAAAUAAAAAAAGGAUUUGUUAUCUUCAGUCCCAUACUUCCCGUCCCAAAAAUAAAUAAAUAAAGGGAUUUCCUUAUUCGGUAAUCUUUGCCCAGAAGUUUUCUUCUUCUACCACCUUAUUCGUUUCCAACCCCGUAAACUUUCUCCUGCAGCAUGUGGGCUCGCACGCUUCCUCCUCCCUGCCCGCGGUGGCGGCGCCGGCGCGGAGCCUGACCUCGAUCGAGCUCACCGGCGCCGACCGGCCGGGUCUCCUCUCGGAGGUCUGCGCCGUGCUCAGGGACAUGAGCUGCAACGUGGUGGAGGCCGAGAUUUGGACCCACAAUUCCCGCGCGGCGGCGGUGCUCCGCGUCAGCGACGCCACCGGCGGCGCCGCCGUUGAGGACCCUCCGCGGAUCGCCGCCAUCCGCGAGCUCCUCUGCAACGUCCUCCGUGGCGACGGCGAGAUCCCCCGCGCCGCCACCACGGAGGUCUCUAUGGCCGUGACCCACCACCGCGACCGACGGCUCCACCAGCUUAUGUACGACGACGGCGGCGCUGCCACCGAGGCCCUCGCCGGCGGCAACAGCGCCGCCGCCACCCACGUCGGCGUCUCCUACUGCCACGAGAAGGGCUACACCGUGGUCACCGUCAGGUCCAAGGACCGCCCCAAGCUCCUCUUCGACACCCUCUGCGCCCUCACCGAUAUGCACUACCUCGUCUUCCACGGCACCGUUUCAGCUCGCAGCGCCGAGGCCUGGCAGGUUGACUUUACUUUCCACCCGUUGACUUCACAUUGACGUCGUUGGGCUUUUUUGCUGGAUCGAGCUGAAUUUCGACCUUGGGCAUGCGCAGGAGUACUACAUCCGGCAUGCGGACGGGAGGCCGAUAAGCUCGGAGGCAGAGAGUCAACGGGUGGCGCGGUGUCUGGCGGCGGCGAUUGACCGGCGGACUUUUGAGGGGGUGGAGCUGGAGCUGGAGACGGAGGACCGAGUGGGGCUUCUCUCGGACAUAACGAGGGUGUUCAGGGAGAGUGGACUGGCGAUAAGGAGAGCAGAGAUAAGCACCACUGAGGCCGGCAGGGCCGUCGACACCUUCUACGUCUCCGACACGUCGGGAGGCCCGGUGGAGCCCAAGACCAUCGACUUUGUCCGCCGCCAGAUUGGGCAGCUGGACAAGGCGGCGCUCAGAGUCAAAGGCGGCGGCGGUGGCGGUGGCGGUGGUGGCGACAGUGGCCGCUCUAGUCCGCCAUUGAAGCAUGCGGCGGAGACGACAGGAUUCCUCCUGGGAAGCCUCCUCAGGGCCUGCUCAUUCCAGAGCUUCAGGCUCGUCAGAUCCUACUCUUGA